GAUUUUGAGAGAGAGAGAGAGAGAGAGUCUUCUUCUUGUUCAAGAACAGACCCACAUAUACGAAUAAUACCCGUGAUUUUUUAAAAAGAGAGAGCAUUACAGAUAUAUAUACAUAGAAGGUAUAUAUAUAUAUUCACAUACCCAUAUGCUAACACAUGGGGAUUUAGAGAGAGAGAGGAGAGAUAUUUCUCACUUUCUUCCAUUGUAUUUCUUCUUCUCUCUCUCCUCUGAGAUCUUCCAAUCGCUCUCUCUGUUGUCUUGUAUAUGAUUUUCAAAUUAACCAACAAAAAAAAAGUUAAAACUGUUUCAAAGAAAGAACACCGUUGAUUUUUCUAUUUUCCGACAAGCUGAAAAAAAACCUUUCUUUCUAAAGUGAAGCUUCGUGUUUUUUUUUUGUCUGAAAAUUUUGAUCCGACAGCUCUUUUGCUAUCUGGAUUCCCUUAAAGGUUUAGCCUUUCGUACUUCCACCUGCGCCAAUUGCACUUGGCGAUCGUCAAGGCUGGUGAUUUUUUGGAUCGUCCGUCCCUUGGAGAUUAAACACUGAUCGAAAGUGUUUCUAUUUGAUUUGGGGAAAUUGGGUUUCUUCACAUUCGAUAAAGGUUAGCGACGAAUCUAGCUGUUCCACGCUGUCACUGUCAAGUUAGGAUUGAAGUGUGUUUUAUAGAAAGUUUUGGAGUGAUUUUAUUUGAUAUGGUGGGCUGGAUCAUAGUCUCUGAUCUGGUCAGGUGCUAUUGGGAUAAAGGAUCGAGAAAGUAACGAGAAGAGUGGUUUAAAGUAUAUACCACUUUACGGUAACACUUAGAGGGGAAAAAAGUGUCAUGUCUCGUUGCUUCCCGUUUCCACCUCCAGGAUAUGAGAAGAAGAUUAGAACCGAUGAAGCAGACUCUUUGAUAAAGGAGAAGCAAAAGAAGCACAAAAAGGAGAAGAAGGAUAAAGAAACAAGCAAAGACAAGCACAAGGAACGGAAGGAGAAAAAAGAGAAACAUAAAGAUAGGAAAGACAAAGACCGGAAUAAAGAAAAGAGCAGAACCUCAGAGGACAGAAAUGCUGCUGGUGUUCUGCCGAACACACAAGACGGAGAGAAGCUUGUAGGAGAUACCUUGCAGAGUAAUGGUAGUGGAGAGUCUAAGUUUAUACAAGACCUGGCAAGAAGGAUCAGAGAUGAAGAAGAAGCUACAGAGAGUCAAAGCGUGGGAAAGAUUAGGAAUGAUGAUGAUGAAAGAAGAGUCAAUAACACCCAUAAAAACUUUGCGAUGGAGAAAAGGCCUGAAAAUGCGGCUUGUCAAGUAUCAUCUUGCACUGGUCAGAAAGGAACCGAGGAGGUCAUGUUUAAAUCACUGGAGAAGAAAUAUGAGGCAAAGAAAAUGGAUAAUAGCCGUUGGGAAAGUGUGGUUAUGGCUGAUAUGCCACUGGAUGGUGGUGAAGGGAUAAAGAAAACUGAACCAAAGUACUCAACACAUAGAGGCAGUAAAGAGAAGAAAGAGGAGGAAACAGAGGCGUUAAACAAAAUUGGUAAGGGCAAACCAAAAGAUGUAGAGGAAGGGCCCAAGUUAAAGGAGAGACAUGUAGAUACUAGUAAUUUUAGAAGGCAGGAGGACCUUUCAAGGGAUAGCAUAAAAAAUCUUAGUUCAGAGGGCAUUCUUGGCAAACGGAAAGAUCUUGAGACAAAUGGGUUCUUGCAUGAGAAUGGAUCUAGGCCUAACAAGAUGCUGAGGCCAGUUGCUUCUCCAGUAUCAUCCGUGGAAAAUGGAAGAAAGUUGGGAGCAUGCCAAACUCCUCUAAAACCUGUUACUGAGUUGCAAGGAACACUGUGUAAUCCAGACGCCAAGGAGCAUAGAGUUAACGGUUUCAUCAAGUCUCAAGAACCCAAAAGCCAUCCAAGUAUAUCUUCUGUGAAAGCAAAGGAGAACGGUGAAGCAUCAGCAAAAAAGCGGCCUCACUCGGACUUAAAGUAUUUGGAUCAGAUACUGAAUGUACCAGAAAGGGAUGAGGUUGAUGAAACUGAAGAACAAGAGUGGCUUUUUGGUCAGUCUGGUAUGAAAUUGUUAAAGAAGCCAAAAACAGAUUCUUCUACUUCAUCGGAUGAGAGUCAGCAAGUCUGGAACCAGGCUCUUAGUAUAGAAUCUGCUGACAUUCUAGCUCUUCCUUAUGUUGUUCCAUUCUAGUUCUGAUGUUCAUUCACUUUAACCAAGGAGAAAGAUCGGUUUAGCAUUUUGAAUGAGCUUGGUGCAUCUGGAAGGGAGAUGCUGAGGUAUGACUGGUUCGGCUUCAGGAGAAGAGAGAGGCUUCUGUACUAGAACAAGUCAAGUCUGAUUGUUGGAAAUGAGAUUUGAGGCAUUUUAUUCAGUUUUGGUUCUGCUGUGUCUAUCAUCAGUUGAUGGGAUUAGCAUUAAGCUGUAUAUUAGAGAGGAUAUAGCAAAAUAGAGGAGAGAUCUUCCACUAAUACAUUACAUUUUGUAGACUUUCUUUCCCCAUUUUUGGGAGUCAAAACUAUUAUUCUUGGAAUCUAAACAAUUCUUCAUCUUCA